CCUGCCCAGCCUGGGCUCCGGGUUUCCACGAUGGCAGCCAAGCAGCCGCCCCCUCUCAUGAAGAAGCACAGCCAGACGGACCUAGUGAGCCGCCUGAAGACCCGCAAGAUCCUGGGCGUGGGCGGGGAGGACGACGACGGGGAGGUGCACCGCUCCAAGAUCAGCCAGGUCUUGGGCAACGAAAUCAAGUUUGCUGUUCGGGAGCCUUUAGGGCUCAGGGUCUGGCAGUUCGUGUCUGCUGUGCUCUUCUCUGGCAUCGCCAUCAUGGCUCUCGCUGUCCCUGAUCAGCUCUACGAUGCUGUCUUCGAUGGAGUCCAGGUGACCAGCAAGACACCCAUCCGCCUCUAUGGAGGCGCCCUCCUCAGCAUCUCCCUGAUCAUGUGGAACGCGCUCUACACGGCCGAGAAGGUGAUCAUCCGCUGGAGUCUGCUCACGGAAGCCUGCUACUUCACCGUCCAGUUCUUGGUGGUCACCGCCACGCUGGCCGAGACGGGCCUGGUGUCCCUGGGCGUCCUGCUGCUCCUGGCCAGCCGCCUCCUCUUCGUGGCCAUCAGCGUGUACUACUACUACCAAGUGGGCCGGAAGCCCAAGAAAGUCUAGAGGCCCGGCCUGAGCCUCGCUUUCCCUUUGGUUCCUGGAAGGCAGGAGGGGUCGCACCCCUGAGUGGGGGGGCUCCCCACCAGGCACUCCCCAUGCCCCCACCUCCUGGGUUUCAGAUUGGAGAGCUGGUGGGGGUGGGGGCAGGUGGGGACC